CUUGCAGCGCGAGUCGUGACCAUCACGUCGUCUCCACUCCCCUCCCAGCUCCCAUCUCCUCUCAUUUCUCGGUCUCCUCCUGUUGGCUGGCCGCUGCUCCUCUGCCUCUCUCUCCUCGAGCAGAGGAAUUAAAACCUCCUUAUCCUCUCUGGCGCGCUGCUGCCAUUGCUCGAUCCAACCAUCCUGCGUGUGUGCCAUCUUCUCAUUCUCUCUCUCUGUGAUCCGUCCGCGUGUGCCCGCGCCCUCGCUUUGGAGCCUUGCGCCUCGCUGCUUUCUCCCUGUCCAAAUCCCCCCCGCUUCGACGUUUCUCUAGCGGCGUGUUUCUCUCCUUUUGGUGCCCCGGACCUCUCGGUACCUGUGCCGGACCCUCGUCGCUUUUCUUUGCCACGCGCUCCUCUUUUUGUCUCCGGGCGUUCGUCCUGCCUUUUGCCCUGCUCUGUCUUGGUUAGCCGUUGAAGCCGUUUGCUGUGUGACUCGUGAGUCGCGAGUGCUGUAGACAGUAGCGCACGGCGGGCCAGCGGUGCGGAGGAUGUCGUCGGCGGUAGAAGCCAUGUCCUGCUCCAAGGUCGAUGUCGCGGCGGUGCCGGAGGAGGCCAAGGAGCGCGUGGUGGUGAUGGAGCACGGCAUCAACGGAGGAGGCGCCGACGCCGCCGCGACCAACGGGAAGCGCGGCGAGGCGCAAUGUGGCCGCAAGGACGACGGCGGCGAGGAGGAAGACGACGAGGACGGGGAGAAGGUCCCCGAGGCCAUCGAGCUCGGCCCCAUCCUCAGCAUCAAGGACCAGCUCGAGAAGGACAAGGAUGACGACAGCCUGAGGAGGUGGAAGGAGCAGCUGCUGGGCAGCGUGGAUUUGAACUCCGUGGGAGAGACGCUGGAACCAGACGUGAAGAUCAUGAGCCUAUCCAUCAUAUCCCCGGGGCGGCCCGACAUCUUCCUGCCGCUGCCGGUGGAGCCCAACGGCAAGGGGGUGUGGUUCACCCUCAAGGAAGGCUCCCUGUACAAGCUCAAGUUCACCUUCUCCGUCAGCAACAACAUCGUCUCCGGCCUCCGCUACACCAACCGCGUCUGGAAGACCGGCAUCAAAGUGGACAGCACCAAGGAGAUGCUCGGCACGUUCAGCCCCCAGCAGGAGCCGUACACGUACGUGACGCCUCAGGAGACCACGCCGUCGGGGAUGUUCGCCCGGGGAUCCUACUCUGCCAGGACCAAGUUUCUCGACGACGACCGGAAGUGCUACCUGGAGAUCAACUACACGUUCGACAUACGCAAGGACUGGCCGUCGUCGAGCUGAGCCUUUCUCUCUGGCCCAAAUUUAUGGCCGCCGGCGGUGCGUAGAAGCGAGGCGUGUGGGCACUGGUGAGACGUCACCUGCCUGGCUGGCAGGGUGACUGUUGGCUGUUGCGGUGAAGCAGACUGGUCUUCGUUUCGUUUGCGUUUUACCCCUCAAUUUAUUUUUUGCUUCAGUACUUUUUUUUAUUGCCCCUAGGUUUCUUGUCUCGUGGUCAAUGUGUGUGUGUGUGUAUAGUGCCGCAUGUGUUCGGUUGUUCCGUGUCAACGUUCGUCGUAGAACCUGUCAGGUCGGUCGAUCUGUCCGUUUCCGUGUUUGAGCUUUGUCAGGGCCUCGUUUUCGAUCGAACGGUAUGUCGAUUUCAGAGCUGUGUACCCAUGCAACGAUGCACUUGGGCCAAGUAUAUGUCGCCGGGCACUUUCCGAA